ACUUGAGUCUAGACGCAUCAAAAUUUCCUCAAUGAAGUUCUCUUGGCACUCUGGUUGGAGCUCCCUAAAACCCUUUCACAACCCUAAUUUUCAAUCCCACCAUGCCAAUUAUUUUCCAGUUUUUCCAAUCCCCAAUGUUACAAAAACCUAAAUUGUUCUGAAAAUUCCAUAACUUUUUUUUUUCAAGAUUUUCAACCAAAUACUGUUUGUAUGUAUACUAUCUGAUUGAUCAAAUCAGCCUUUUUCCUUUUGCCGAUUGGAAAUAGAUUAAAAGAUGAGCCAACCAUCGGUUAUACUUGCUACGGCUAGCUACGAUCAUACUAUUCGGUUUUGGGAAGCCAAAAGUGGCCGCUGUUACCGAACCAUCCAGUACCCUGAUUCGCAAGUUAAUAGGCUUGAGAUAAGCCCGAAUAAGCGAUACCUAGCUGCAGCUGGUAAUCCUCACAUUCGAUUGUUCGAUAUUAAUUCAAACAGCCAUCAGCCGGAGAUUAGCUAUGAUUUGCAUACUAAUAAUGUGAUGGCAGUGGGAUUUCAGUGUGAUGGGAAAUGGAUGUAUUCAGGUUCUGAGGAUGGCACGGUAAAGAUUUGGGAUACAAGAGCACCAGGUUGUCAAAGGGAAUAUGAAAGCCGUGCUGCUGUUAACACUGUUGUUCUGCACCCAAAUCAGACAGAGUUGAUAUCUGGAGAUCAAAAUGGAAAUAUUCGUGUGUGGGAUUUGACUGCAAAUUCGUGUAGCUGUGAAUUGGUGCCAGAGGUGGAUACAGCAGUAAGGUCGCUAACUGUUAUGUGGGAUGGCAGCUUGGUAGUUGCAGCAAAUAAUCAUGGGACCUGUUAUGUUUGGCGCCUGUUACGGGGGACACAGACGAUGACAAACUUUGAGCCACUUCAUAAGCUACAAGCACAUAAGGGUUACAUUCUCAAGUGUCUGCUUUCCCCUGAGUUCUGUGAACCACAUAGAUAUCUUGCUACUGCAUCUUGCGAUCAUACCGUCAAGAUUUGGAACGUCGAUGGUUUUACGUUGGAGAAGACUUUAACUGGACACCAACGGUGGGUGUGGGACUGUGUUUUCUCAGUGGAUGGUGCCUAUCUUAUAACAGCUUCCUCUGAUACAACAGCAAGGCUUUGGUCGAUGUCAAAUGGUGAAGAUAUAAGGGUGUAUCAAGGCCACCACAAAGCAACUGUUUGCUGUGCUCUCCAUGAUGGGGCUGAGCCUGCCUCAUCAUGAUUACCACCUUUUAACAUUCACUGCUCGUACAUUUUUUAUGGUGCCGUACAAUGUGCUUUGACUAGUGCCCUUCAAUAUUCAGCAAUAAUAGUCCACUUAUAUUAGAGUCAAAAAAACCUUUUCCCCUCUCCUUAAAAUUGUGUAGCCACAACUUAAACCAUAGUCUUGUUUUGAUUGAGAUUGGAUAUUUUGUACCUUAUAAAAUUGUAACUUAUGAAUGCAA